AUGAAUCGAACUUUAUUCCAUUUCGUUAAUCGAAUUCAGAUUCUACCAACGAACUUCUCUUCAAAUUCAUUCUCUAACGUGAAUUCACUUCGAAAAUCCAAUUUCUCAUCUUCUUCUUCUUCUUCUUCUUCUUCUUCUUCUUCUUCUUCUUCUUCUUCUUCUCUAAUAACAAUUCCAGACUCAAACCCCAAACCAGCUUUAAACCCACUUUACAAUCUUCUUCCUCCGACCCAGAAUCCCCACAACAUCGUCAAUCUCAUCUGCUCAAGCCUCAGACACGAAACGACACAUCUUUCUCUUCUUCAAAACGACAUAAAAACGCUUCUUCCCUAUCUGGGUCCCAACGAAAUCUCGAGGGUUUUGUUGAGAUGCCAAUCCAAUCACUCUUCAGCUCUUACCUUCUUCAAUUGGGUUAAAAACGAUUUGGGUCUCAGACCCACCACUCAGAACUACUGCAUUGUUGUUCAUAUUCUAGCUUGGUCUCGAAAGUUCUCUCCCGCCAUGAAACUGUUGACGGAAUUGAUAGAAGUUUCUCCAAAAGACGACAUUUUUCAAAUUCUGAUCUCCAGUGCUGAAGACUGUAACUGGGAUCCGGUUGUCUUUGACAUGCUCAUAAAGGCUUAUGUGAAAUCAGGUAUGAUCCGAGAAGGUUUCAGUACUUUCAGGAAGAUAAUUGAGGUUGGUUUUUUCCCAAGUGUGAUUUCCUGUAAUUGUCUCUUGCAUGGAUUGGCUAACUUGAAUUACAUUGAAAAUUGUUGGCGUGUGUAUGAAGAAAUGGGGAGAAUUGGGGUCCACCCAAAUGGCUAUACGUUCAAUAUUUUAACUCGUGUGUUGUGUAAAGAUGGGGAUGUGGAUAAAGUUAAUGUUUUUAUUGAGAAGAUGGAAGAGGAAGGUUUUGAUCCUGAUGUGGUCACAUACAACACUCUUAUCAAUACUUACUGCAAAAGAGGAAAAUUAGAGGAUGCAUUUUAUUUGUACAAGAUCAUGUAUAGGAGGAAUGUUAUGCCUGAUUUGGUUACUUAUACAGCCUUGAUGAAUGGGCUUUGUAGACAAGGAAGGGUAAAAGAGGCUCAUCAGCUUUUCAAUGGGAUGGUCCAUAGAGGUUUGAACCCGGAUGUCCUGUCGUAUAACACUAUUAUUAGUGGUUAUUCCAAUGAGGGGAAGAUGCGAGAGUGUAGAUCACUAUUGUAUGAGAUGAUAGGGAGUGGAAUUUGUCCUGAUAGUUUCACUUGUAGGAUACUUGUGGAAGGAUAUCAGAAAGAGGGUAAGUUGAUCUCUGCUGUGAAUUUGGUUGUCGAGCUUAAGAGAUUUGGAGUCUCUGUUUCUUCUGACAUUUAUGGUUAUCUGAUGGUAGCAUUAUGUCGAGCAAAUCACCCGUUUGCUGCCAAGAGUCUUUUGGAAAGAGUUUCUCGGGAUGGAUAUGUGCCCGAUAUAGUUAUCUAUAAUGAGCUGAUUGAGUCUCUAUGCAAAUGCAAUUAUGCGGAAGAGGCAUUGGUUUUGAAGGUUGAUAUGUUAAGAAUGGGCUUUAAACCGAAUCUUGUCACGUAUAGAGCUCUUGUAGAUUGCUUGUGCCGCGCAAAUAGAAGUGAAGAAGGUGAAUCCUUGAUGAAAGAAAUGGUGGAAUCCGGUUUAUCACCGGAUCUAGCGAUGUGUAGGGCAUUAGUAAAUGGGUACUGCAAAGAAAGAGAAGUUGCUAAAGCAGAAUCACUAUUGACCUUCUUCGCCACGGAAUUUCAAGUUUUUGACACCGAAAGUUAUAAUGCACUUGUCAAAGUUUUCAGCGAGCAUGGUGAUACAGGCAAGUUGUUGGAUUUGCAGGAUAGAAUGCAGAAAGUAGGUUUUGCACCAAAUAGCUUGACAUGUAAGUAUGUGAUCCAUGUUUUAUGGAAUAGUACAAGAAUUGAAAAGGGCAAGCUCCAACUAGAACGAAACUAGAAAAUUUAGGGAAGACUCGAUUUCGCUUGUCUUCUCUUUUAGCAGUCGAUCUUGACUUCUUCUUAUCUCUUUCUUCAGAAGUAAAAACUUGAGAAAGAGAGGCGGGAAGCUACUCAACUUGUUUUUCCGUAGUGAGCGCGUAUCAGUCUCUAAAGUAAUCGGUUGAACGCGGUCUAGGUAGAAGUGUUCCUGCGCUUGUGCCGGAAGUCUUUAAUACUUUAUUGAUGCUAGGGAAGGGAGUAGCUAUUGAAUAGAAUCAAGUUCAGCAGUCCAGGCGGGAGGAGUAAAUCCGUAAUUCCCGUAGUUCCAGAGGCAGGAAGCGCAAAAAGCUGUCAACAAGGGCAGUACCGGGGGAAGGAAGCAGAUGGAAUCCAGCCGGACAAGCACUGGCUUUCGGCAGACUAGCUCGCUGCUCCAGAUAACUAAUACAAAGAAAUAAGAAUAAGAAUGAAUGUCACGUAUGGCGCUGCCGAAGGAGCUCUUGAAAGGGUUCAUGAUGUAGCUCGUAAUUACAAUGUUUCACAUCUUGGACUGAUUUGGACAAUUUGAGGCUUGGAAUUAAGAGCAUGGAUACUUUGGUGGAGUUAUAUCAAUGGCUGGGUAUUUACAAUGGAACACAAGUCUACUCUAAUGCUUUGGACCAAGUUAUUGUUAACCUCCCAAUUGGAGCAUGUAUUACUAUAACCAAGCAACAAACUACUUGGUUUUGCCACUAUUAAAGCUCCUAUUGAUCCUUAAAGGCUUCGUGAGAGGCGGCUGAUAUGAACCUCAAGUGUUAUAUUUUGCUUUUUUGGAGUCCAAAAUUUUCUUGCCUAGAAGUGAUCUCAAGAUAAUAUGACACGUUUUGUUGAAAUCCUUCUUUAGGGGAUGGCAAGUUAUCUGCUAGAAAUGACGCACCAAUAGUCUUUCAAUCCAUUUUCAAAUUAAAAUAAAAAAUAAAAAAAAGUCUGAGACUCA